UUGCACAAAUCUACAACUCCUUCUCCAUCACUGUUCUCAUCACAUCGCACCUACUACACUCGCUCACCUACUCACCGCCAGAUCCCCCCCCCAUUUCCCCAACCACCCUGCUAUCCUGGGAAACGCUCAAGCUCAUCCAGCAUCCGAGGGCUCAAGACGAGAGGAACGUCAUCACCCCCGUCCCACCAUCCCCAGCCUCCCGUAACUGUGGAAACAACGCUAAGCAGAGAGAAAAAGAGAAGAGCCGCGCGCACGUACGGGCACAUCCGCCUGGGCAUUGAUUGCACCCAUCCUUGCACAUGGCCCAUCCAUCUUACACUGUGCACCCCUGAUUGGCCCUCCUCCCAGCGCGUAGCCCUCACUGGUUUGCCAGCGCAUCGAUUCAUGGCUGCCCGUUUCGCGAAUGAGCGACCAAGGCUUUGUUUGGAACUCUCCAGAGACACAUCACCGUCCACGCCCACCUCGUUCGCUUGUGCUUUGCUCCCCGCCUGCACCUCUUUGCACAUGCUAUACAACGCAUCGAGCCAAGGUUCGCUGCCGCUUGUCAAGUCUCGACCGAACCGCCUGGAUGUUGAGAAGCUGAAAUAA